AUGGUGGUUGGUCUAAGAGAGUUCACGCUUCGAACCGGAGACGGAUCCGGGAAACCGAUUCUGGACGAACCCAACGGUGAGGAACUUAUGCACGUUCAAUCCUCCGUCGCCGUCGCUCUCGGAAACCGCCCCCUCGAGUCUCCGGGAACUCUCUACAUCACUUCCAGGAAAUUGAUCUGGUUGAGCGAUGUAGACAUGGCAAAAGGUUAUGCUGUUGAUUUCUUAUCGAUAUCGCUUCAUGCGGUUUCGAGAGAUCCAGAGGCUUAUUCGUCUCCUUGUAUAUACACUCAGAUUGACGUUGAAGAAGAUGAGGAUGAGGAUGAGUCUGAUACAGAAUCCACUGGAGUUUUGGACUUACCAAAGAUCAGAGAGAUGAGGCUUGUUCCUUCAGACUCUAGCCAGUUGGAUACUUUGUUUGAUAUAUUCUGCGAGUGUGCUGAGCUGAAUCCAGAACCAAUUGAAGAAGAAGAAGAAGGUGGACAUAAUUGGGUGUUCAGUGCUGAUCAGAUGGAUGUUCGUGGAGGAGGGGAAGAAGAUGCUGAAUGGCAAAUAUCUCAGAGUCCGACGAGUGUAAUUGGUCAUUCCAAUGGAGAGGAAGGUCUUGCUCAGCCUAUGCUCGAGCUCCAAAUCAGUGAUCAGAGGUUUGAGGAUGCUGAAGAGAUGGUACAUGAUCAAAAGUGA